AUGAGUAAGGAAAGGGUGCCCUGUUCCAUUUGGGGACACAGAUUCUGGAGGCUGUUUCACUUCACCAAGUAUUGCAAGAAGUGGCAGGAUGAGGAGGGCAAAAAGCAGCUAGAGAAGGAUUUCAGUAGCAUGAAGAAGUACUGCCAGGUUAUCCGGGUCAUAGCUCACACUCAGAUGUGUUUGCUUCUGUUGCGGCAGAAGCACUCUCACCUGAUGGAGAUCCAAGUGAAUGAUGGCACCAUUGCUGAGAAAGUGGAUUGGGCCCGGGAGAAGCUGGAACAGCAAGUUCCUGUGUCAACUGUCUUUGGCCAAGAUGAGAUGAUAGACGUCAUUGGAGUCACGAAGGGCAAGGGAUACAAAGGGGUCACCAGCCGCUGGCAUACCAAAAAGCUGCCCCGCAAGACCCACAGGGGUCUGCGGAAAGUAGCCUGCAUUGGCGCUUGGCAUCCUGCUCGCGUGGCUUUCUCUGUGGCCUGAGCUGGUCAGAAGGGAUACCACCAUCGCACAGAAAUUAAUAAGAAGGUCUACAAGAUUGGCCAAGGUUACCAAAUCAAGGACGGAAA